AUUAACUUUUUAUUUCUAGGAUUACACAUAUUUGACGUUGCGCCACAAUGGGCGCUAUCAAACAAUUUGCAGUGGGUUGAUCUGCAAGCAUUGGUAGCACAUAAUACUGUGCAGGAUAUAUAUGAUUUACAUAACAAAGGGAAAGAUAUCACGGAAGCUAGUAAUCUAAGUUCAAUACAUUCUACAAAGUUAUCACAAACGGCAGGACACAAUGAUAGGAUAGUGAAUUCUAAUGUACUAAUUAGUACGGUUAAUGAAUCAUUAUCCAGACAAACGAGAAAAUUGCAGAAGGAACAAAACGAUAGGCUGGAUAACUGCCAGAAGGAUUUUGGUGUAGAGACAGAACUUGAAUUAUUAGAUAUCAAUAAAACGACGAAAUCCAUAUAUUCGUUCACAAAAAAUCAAACCAAAAUUUUGCCUGAAUCGCGGAAAGAAAUUUAUUAUGAUACAGAUGUUAACUUUUUUAGUUGUGUGUCAAAGCAUUCAAUUAACACGCAAAAUAUUGCUGAACUGAAAAUUGCAUUGGACAAUAUUGAGCAUAAUAAAGAAAAAGAAGUUUGCCACUCUGGUAGCACCAUUUCUGUAAUCGAUAAUGAGCCACUUGAUUUAGUAAUAAGUUCGAAAGAAAGUACACAACGCAGCCAUAUUUAUAAUCAGACAGAAGAUCGAAUCUGUAAUUAUCCAUACUCAUCAGUUGGCGAUAAAGGGACACCUCUGGUGGAUGGUGCCAUUUUAAAACAGAUAGAUCAUUCCCCUAAUGUACAGAGUUAUAACGCAGAGUACAAGAAUAUAGAUUAUGGUUUAUUGAAACUUUCUGAUUUAGAUGAGUUGUCAUGUAAUUCAGGCAGAGAUAAAGAAUUGUUGAAAACCAUCAGUAAGUUGCGUACUAACAGUGAAAUAAAUGGAAAAACUGUAACAAACGAUUUGAAAGAAGAGAGAGCGCAUAUUUUGGACAAGUAUGUCACGCAUGUGUUAUCACCGCGCUUAAGUAGUGACAGUAAAGCAUCGUCUUGGACACAGUCGAAUGCCAAAUGUAACAAUAUCAAGAAAGAGUGCUGCACUAAGGAAGAGGCGCACAAGUCAGAAAAUACUGAUCUGGUGCAAUUGACUGCCUGCAUCCCAAAAUUAAGCAACUGGCCGUGUUUCGAAAUGUCAGGACAAUAUCCAGGUCAUAGCCGACCACCGGUUGGCACACCUCCACCGCAAACUGUCUGGAACCAUCUCACACAGGGACAAGCUCUCAAUAUUCAUCCAACUUUGUCUGGUGCCGCAUUGAGUACAGCUGGGUUCUACACACAUCCAUCUAUGGCGCGAGCGUCCCAUCUACCGACUCAACUUACUCCUCAACUCGCUCAUACGCAAGCACCGCCGACAUGGCACACGCCUACAGUCCCCUCGAAAAGUGUCAUGCCGACUAACACACCGGGCACUCCCUUGUUCAAUUUACAAAUGCUGGUGGACAAUCGGCCACCAAAUCAAAAUCAAUACAGAAAUUCGCCUGGCUCCCAGAGUACGCUAGAUCUUUCGUCCACGUCGGAGAUUCCAGAGAAUUAUUCUCGAAUAACUCAGGAUAUUCCCAUCAGUUUGACUGCAAGAAACGUGGACAAGGGCAGUCGAAACGGUAACAUAAUCUCACCGCCGAUACCGCUGAACGGGGAAACCUCGUCGGACAGCGGAAUCAGCUCGUCCGUACCAACACCGAACUCCGUCAGCGAACCGGUCUCACUAUCAACGAAAGAGGUUAUUACACCUAAAAUAACGGUGAAAAACUUUGAGAGCAAUCUAAAGGGAGUUGCGAAUCUUCACGAUAAGAUUAAGGAAAUAAAUGUAGAUAAUUUUUCGCAGAAAGUGAUAAAUUUGCCGCCUAGUGUGACGAUAGAAAGAGUGAUCGCGGACAAGAAGGAGCUCGAAACUCCUGUGAAACCUAAGGACACGCUGAGUGUUAUCGCGCAAGUGCCAAGGAAUGUCUUACCUGUUAUAGUCAAUCUCACGUCCAAAAUGGAAAAGGACGUCACGGAUAGUCCUAAAAGAGAAUCUUCCUCCGAGAGAGACAGGAAGCAUGACGAAACGAGCGUGAGAUCGCCUAAGAAUUUGCCGAAGAGAGGAAAAAAGGGUGUCGAUUCUCUGUUAGAGAAAUUAGAGGGUGGGAAUAAGAAGCUCGGGAGUACCGAGAAUAUCGGUUCAGUGAUUGUGAUGCCAAUAGAGGAGAAGGAUACGUCUAGUGUUAAAAGUAUGUCACCGGAGAGACAAAAGUCUAAAUCGCCGAAUCGUGAGGAUGAGGUCGUGUCGCCGGCUUUCAGCAAUGACGACUCAAACGACAAUACCAAGCAGCGAAGGAAAAGAAAACUUGAAAAACCUGUAAGAUUGAGUAAAGACUCGAAAACGGAAGUCGAAGAUAUGGAACUCGAGCCUACCGAACCUACGGAACCGAGAAUUAUCGAUUCGGUGUCGGAAGAGACGGCUAGCUCCGCACCAACGACUGACGUUAAGACCGAGGAACAGAUUGCUAGAGGAGCGGAAGAGAGAAUAUCGGACAAGACAAUGGCGGACGAGAAUGCGGAAGAAAUAUCGGAGGAGAAUCAGCCGAUUCGAAGGCGAAGAAGUAGCGAGGAUACUGCGAUUAGUAACUUGACGAAUCCGGCGAAUCAGAGGAUACGAAGAAAAUCCAGUGACGAUGCGUCAUCCGAGUUAUCCAAAGUGACGAGUCCGAAAAAUGCGAACAACACAACGACAUCGACAACAACGAAUGCCUUCGUUGAGGUCGAGUCAGAACUGGCAAAGAUGUUCGCCGGGAUCGUGGAAGCGGAUUCAGAUGUCAAAAAUGAAGAAUCAAAAGCGGAACUCGCGAGUGUGGAGAUUCAGGGCGAUAGCGACGCUGCGAAAAUCGAAGGUCUCGAAAAUAGUUUUCUGUCAGCGACAACGGAUUCUCAGAACGUUCAGAACAAUCCUAUUGACGUUUCCUCCACUGUGGAUACAAAGUUGUCGGGGAAGAGGGGUAAAAAGGGCAAGACGCAGGGCAAAAGGAAAAUAUCCAGGUCGUCGGAGAAUAUCUUCGGCACGACGAGUGAUUCUCUGCCGAAGGAGACGAAGAAGAGGCGGAUAUCCAAAGGUUCGAAGAAACAGGACCAGGCUUCGAAGAAGGCAAAGAAAAACACCAAAGUCGACGGCCUCAGAGAGAUGGCGUACGAUUCCGGUUCGAACGCGAGUUCCAUCAGAUCGCGAGGCCCGGUGGUCCAUGUGGAAGGUCCUAGAGACAGUCCGUUGAGUAUCCAAGUGGUCAAUGCACCGCGGGAAGAAGAGGAGGAGAAAACUAAGGAGAAACGGAAAAGUGUCGGCAACGGAAACGGAGGCCGAAGUAAGAGGCUUAGUCAUCAGAACGAUUUAGAUUAUAGAGGUAAAGUUAGUAAGGCAGGUCUCUUCAGCUCAACCUUGUCGUCGCGGUACGAUGCGCACACCACGGAUUCGACCUGGGUCUGUGUAUUCUGCAAGCAAGGUCCCCAUUCUGUUAUACCCGGAGAUCCGUCCAGGCCACAUCCGAAUCUGGCCGGACCACACAUUGCAACAGGAACAUACACAGUUCCAGCAGGCGUGUUAAGCGACUUAUUUGGACCAUACUUGAUCGGCAAGGAACGGUUGGAGGAUGGUAUUUUAUCGGCCGAUGAACAAGAGAUUACGACGGAACAAAAGAAAGGCGGUAAGAAUAAGAGGAGCUUGAGGUACGCGGGUCUGGCGGAUCAAUUCUCCGCAAAGAUGGGCAAGAAGAAACGUAAUUCUAUUGAAAGUAAUACAAACGCUAUCUUCACCGGUAUGACUCUCCUCCCUGGUGGAGAAGAGCAACGAUGGGAAGUAUGGCUUCACGAACAAUGUGCGGUAUGGGCAGCUGGAGUUUAUAUGGCAGGCGGCAGAGUGACAGGAUUGCAAGAAGCGGUAUGGGAUGCCGCCAAGUCAAUAUGCGACUCCUGCGGCUUGACGGGUGCGAACAUUGGUUGUGUGAAACGAGGUUGCAAGGCUGUUACGCAUUAUCCAUGCGCAUUGACGAAAGGUUGGCAUCUCGACACAAAUCAGUACAUACCUAAGUGUAAUCUUCAUCGAGUUACGUGAAACUCCGGUGAGUCUGUGAACAUAGGCUAAUGUGAAAAUUAGGUCGUAUUCACAUUAUAUCACAUUGAAAACCGGCUUUAAUUAGAUGCACCGACUAAAGGGCAAUAAUGUAAGAGACUAAGUAUAUAAAUCCGUUUUUAUGACUGAAGAUAGCCUUACUAGUUAGUAAGGUAUAUUCUAGUUGACAAAGCGCAGGAGCAAAACAUCUUCAUGAUACAAUCACUUGAUGUGUAAUAAAGUUACAAGGUUGAUUGGAAUAUAAUAACAGAUGCGGAAAAGAAUGAUAUAAUUGAUGUAACUAUAAAUAGAUAAAAUCUAACAAAUGGUUGAUUCGAUAUUCUAUCUCCUUUAAUAGAUAUAAAUUUAUCUUGUUUAAUGAAAUAAAUGUGAGAUGUUUUGAAAUUACGCUUUGUAUCAUUCAACUUGUAAGUGUGUAUCUGGAGCGUGAAAGUAUAAAUGUGAAAGCAGUUAUACUAAUUUCCAGACAUCAAGUGUAGAAUCAAUAUGCUCGAGAAAAAUACUUUCCAAUGUACAAGAUGUUUAAACAACAACGCUAUUAACUGUCUGAGAAUUAAAAAAAAAAAAAAAAAGAAAGAAAGAAAAAAGAAAAAAUAAAUGACGAACGAAAGUGAAGAAAUAGAAACUCUUCUCAAUUAUUGAAUUUAACUGAUUUUCUUGGCCUGUGGCCUUGAACAGUGGCCUUUUCGACUUAAUAUAAAAAAAGCAAGAUUUUUUUAAUUUUGAAUCUGUAGAAUAGACGGAUCACUAUCGAGGAAUAAUGAUAAUCAAAAAGGAAGGCGUUUGCUUUUUUAUUCACAUUUACGAAAAAAACAUUACAAAUUUUCUUAAUAACAUCAUGUACGCAGGAAUACAUAAAUAGGGCAUAUUGUACUGAAUGUUAUCGAAUUCAAAAUUUGUAAAAUGUGGCAGCCAUCAAAAUUGGAUAUGUUUAAAUGCAGUAAGAUGAGUAAGUUCAAGUAACAUAUAAGUGAAAAUUGAAUAUCCUCUGUGUUUUUUUUUUCACGAAGCUCGAGCAUGUAAGACAAGUGUUCUCUAGUGGAUGUAAAAAAAGAAAAACUUUGUAUAUAUAAAAAAAAUAAAGAAAUUAUACAUAUUAUUGAAACAUUAUGAUUCAAGAUUUUACUAGGGGUUUAAAAAUUUUUUAUUUAUUAUUCUCAUGAGAAUACAUGCAUGUGUUUCAUAAUAGAAUUGUUGUGUGUAAUUAAUGUAUUUUAUUUUCUUUUGUUUGUGUGUCUACAUGAAUUAUUAUCUAUACAUGUGACUGUCCAUGUAAAGUUCAAUCAUUUUUUGUUACAUUUUUAUUGAUAUUUUUUUGUAAAGAUGCUUUAUCACGCAGAUUUUAAUUUUUGCAUGUUAUAAAUCGACAAUUUCUUGAAGAAAAAUAUUUUUAUGCUUGGAUAGAACUAAAUGAUUAAGAUGAGAACACUUGUAAAACUUUAUUAUCUCUGUAAUUCUAAUGUAAUAAGAAAGAACAAAGACCAUACGUCUCAUUGCAUUCAAUGGUACGUUUUGUACAUCGUCAUACUCACUGUCAUUUUACUAAUGCAUCUGUAUGGUCGUAAAACCAAUGAUUCAAAUCCAACGUUCUACAUGUAUGAUUUACUGUUAGUGAUUAAAUUGACAGCUAUAUGUAUUAUUACGUUUUUUCAUAUUAAUAUUGUGGUCAUCUUUGCUGUCAUUGUUGUUGUCAUCAUCGUUUCCAUUGUACUUUAUCAGAGCGUGAGAGAGACAAGUUUUUGCUAUGAUAAA